AUAAAGGAGGGCGAUUGCGUCAAUGUUGACGUCACAGGGCCUGGAGCUGUGGUUGCCCUCAGCCUCAUGUUCUUCAACUCUAUGAAUAGGUCUGUAUCAGAAUGGCUAACAACCCCAGACACACCAUCUCUUCUGGAAAAUGUAAAACCAGACCUCCUGAUGUUAAGGACUAUAGGUUAUGGGCUGGUAAUGUGGAAACAUGUUGAGCCUACAAUGAAAUGGAUUGAUAAAAACAUACCUAAGGUU